GAGAAGUCAUUGGCUGCCGAAGGGGCGGCUGGGCUGGUGCGCCACCGGAGCAGGGCUUGUGCGUCCGGGGCGCCUAGUCUGCCUCUGGAUCAUGGGCUGGGCAGAGAAGGGGAGGCUCGCUGCAGCUUGGCUCUCCUUGGCCCUGAGACCUGUUGCUGCCGCCUGUCUCCUGGGUCGGUCUACACCUGCUCUGUAGAGGCGUAACUGCCACACAGGUGUGCUCCAUUUCCGGGCCAACUUCCUCCAUACGGAGUUUGAGAGAAGACCCUCCAAGGUAGUCGCGCAGGACAACAUGAAGGUGGAGCUCCUUCCUGCCCUCACCGACAACUACAUGUACCUCCUCAUAGACGAGGAGACCAAAGAGGCUGCCAUAGUUGACCCAGUGCAGCCCCAGAAGGUUCUGGAUGCAGUCCGAAAGCAUGGGGUGAAACUGACCACUGUUCUUACUACACACCACCACUGGGACCAUGCUGGUGGCAAUGAGAAACUUGUAAAGAUGGAGCCAGGGUUGCAAGUGUACGGGGGAGAUAGCAGGGUUGGAGCCCUCACCCAGAAAGUCUCUCAUCUUAUGUCAUUUCAGGUGGGCUCCUUAAACGUGAAAUGCCUCUCAACGCCCUGCCACACCUCUGGACAUAUCUGCUAUUUUGUGACGAAGCCAAAUAGCUCCGAGCCCCCUGCCGUCUUCACAGGAGACACGCUUUUUGUGGCUGGUUGCGGGAAGUUCUUUGAAGGAACCCCAGAUGAAAUGUACAAAGCUCUGAUUGAGAUCUUGGGACGCCUUCCUCCCGAAACGAAAGUCUACUGCGGCCACGAAUACACCAUCAACAACUUAAAGUUUGCGCGACACGUGGAGCCCAACAACAACGCAAUCCAGCACAAACUCUCAUGGGCAAAGGCGAAAUACGACAGCGGCGAACCGACCAUCCCUUCAACCAUCAGCGAAGAGUUCACAUUCAACCCCUUCAUGAGAGUGAGGGAGGCCACCGUCCAGCAACACGCCCGGGAAACGGAUCCCAUCCGGACGAUGGGCGCCAUCCGGAAAGAGAAAGACAACUUCAAAGUCCCAAAAGAUUGAAGUUGGCCGCUUUGCAAAUGCUCUGCUGCUUGCCCUCCUCUUCAUUAAUAUUCUUAUAAUUGUUUUCUCAGCAGUCGAUUCACUUCGAUUCCCAUCGCUCUGUUUCGUUAAAUUUGUUUGGGUUAAGGAAGUUUUUAUGACGACGGUUAUUGUUUUUGUCUUCAUAGGAAAAAUCCAGCCAGCCACGCACUUUGUUCAUAGCUGUUGGAAAGAUGUUAAAGUUUUAAUUAUUCUUGUUGCCCCAAAAUUCGGCCGGGGUGUCGUUGUUGUCGUUCUCUUUCGAUGUGGCUGCAGGGAGGGUAGAGUUGGCACAGGUUUUGUACAUAUAUUUGGAGAUAAUACUUUUGGCUUUGCCAUCCUACAUCAUCUAAGUACCCCUCCCUACACUGCCAGUCUCAGGAUGCCAGGAACUAUGGUAGUUAAAGUGGAACCAUAGCACUAUAACUGUGUUAUAGUGUGGAAGGACCCUAAAAUACUUUGCAAUCCAGCUGGUUUACUUUUCCCAUCCAGAGCUAAUAUCUGGUGCUUCUCCCAUUCCUGUGAUAACACAUACAUACCCUAAAAACCUGCUUUGGAGGACUAAGAAAUAUUCCAAAGCAGGUUUCAUAAACCAUGGAAUUAGGGGAGAAAACCCCAGUUCCACUCCCAUUGGAAAUCAAAGUAUUGAAUCUCGGCCAUUGAAUAGUCAAUGUUCAGAAAUGCUGAACCUUGCCUAUUGGAAGUGAUGCCCAACUCCUUUCCUCCUUUCCUUACAUCUUUGCAUAGAGGAAAAAGGUGCUUGUUGGCAGUAGUAUAGUUUAUUUGGUGUAUAUACAUUGCACUUUUUAAUUUAAGAAAUGAACUCCAAAUUUUUCCAACUCUCAGCCCCAAAGGGAAACCCUGGGAAAUAUAGUUUUCAGAACAGACUUUCCAACGAAGUAUUUUCUCCCGCCUAGAAAUACUAUAAUUCUAGAGUAGUGGAGCAGGGAUGGUUAAAGUACGUUUGAGAUUAUUUAAACUGAGAUGUGCGACUCUUGCCCUCCUCCUCCCAAGAAUGGAGAAGUUACUUUCUUUGGAGCAUAGCUCCCAGAAUGCUUCCACAUUUUAGCCAUACAGAAAUGUUGUAAACCUCAACAAAAGUAACUUCUCCAAGCUAAGCGGACAGACCAUGCUACUGCUUAGACAUCCUUCCAGUAUGGAAAAGCCACUUAAUUCAGCUUGUGUGAAUUAUCUUGUUGAUUUCUGCUAGCGUGCGUUUGUACAUAUAAAUAUAGAUAAUAUAUAUUGCUAUAAAAGAAGUGAACAAACAGGAGCGGACGGAGGAAGGCAGUGGUAACUGGGACGGGCUUUGGCUGGUUUUAAAAUGCACCGCGGCUUCUUUUCCAAAGUGGGAAUGCUAAAAAUUGGAAGUCUUGAGAAGCAAGAUGAUAAAAUACCCAUCAAGCAGAGAUAGCACCCAUGUUGCUUUCCGCUUGGAUUUGCUGACCGAAUGAUGAUAGGCUUGCUAGGAGAAACAUCUCAGUCCAUCUCAUCUAUAGUUGCAGUUGGUUCCUUUUGUGCAAUAGGUAAAAAAUUAGGUUUUUUUACCUUCUCAGAAAGCGAUUCUUGUUCUUGGUUGUGCUUCCAGCCCCAGGCCUUAGUAUUGAAGCCUGUCGUUCAAAUCGGUGCCGGUGUCCUGUGUGGUUAUCAAUAAAGAUCUAUUGCACUAUUCGA